UCUCGGCCCCCGCGCCAGUUUCGGGCUGGUUGGCGCGGAAUCGGAAGACUCCGUGACCAUGGCGCAAGUGCACGGCGAGGAGUGCGAGCCGGGGGCUGACGCUAUGUCAGAUUCCAGGAGUUUUGUAGCUUCCCGAUCCCGGAGAGAGAAAAAAUCAAAGAAAGGGCGACAGGAAGCUCUGGAAAGACUGAAAAGGGCAAAAGCUGGUGAGAAGUAUAAAUAUGAAGUAGAGGACUUCACGAGUGUUUAUGAAGAAGUUGAUGAGGAACAAUACUCGAAGUUGGUCCAGGCCCGCCAGGAUGACGACUGGAUCGUGGAUGAUGAUGGUAUUGGCUAUGUGGAGGAUGGCCGGGAAAUUUUUGAUGAUGACCUUGAAGAUGAUGCUCUUGAUUCCCAUGAGAAAGGAAAAGAUGAUAAAGCAUGCAACAAAGAUAAGAGGACUAUCAAGAGGGCUGCUGUGACAAAACCGAACAACAUUAAAUCAAUGUUCAUUGCCAGUGCUGGGAGGAAAACUGUAGAUAAAGCUGUUGACUUGUCCAAGGAUGAUCUGUUAGGUGACAUUCUACAGGACCUGAACACUGAGACACCACAAAUAACUCCACCACCUGUAAUAAUACCAAAAAAGAAAAGAUCCAGUGGAGCUUCACUGAAUCCUUUCUCUGUGCACACCCCCAAGGCAGCUCCUUCAGGAAAAACCGCUCCCCCGGCCUCAAGGAAGGAGCCUUCAUUAACUCCUGUUCCUCUUACAUGUGCUGAAUUUGCUGGAGAGCCCAGGAUGCCACUGUGUUCAGAUGACAAGGAGGAGUCAGGGGCAAUGGAAUUUGAAGAUGGUGACUUUGAUGAGCCCAUGGAAGCCGAGGAGGUGGAUGUGGAGCCCGUGGCUGCCAAGACUUUGUGCCAAGAGAGGGAGCCAGCAGAGGAGGCGAAACACGAGGCUGAUUCUGGGAAAGGGACCACAUCCUCCUCAGCAAGUUUUCUCCCAGAUAUCUCUUGUUGGGACAUGGAUCAGGAAGAUGACAGCAGUUUCUUAGCCCCAGAAGUUCAAGUGGAUUCCAGUCACCUCCCACUGGUAAAAGGAGCUGAUGAGGAACAAGUAUUUCAGUUUUAUUGGCUGGAUGCUUAUGAAGAUCCAUACAGCCAACCAGGUGUGGUAUUUCUGUUUGGCAAAGUCUGGAUCGAAUCUGCUGACACCCAUGUGAGCUGCUGUGUCAUGGUGAAGAACAUCGAGCGAACGCUCUGUUUCCUUCCCCGUGAAAUGAAAGUUGAUCUAAAUACGGGGAAAGAAAGUGGAACUCCAGUUACCAUGAAGGAUGUUUAUGAUGAAUUUGAUGAGAAAAUAGCAGCAAAAUAUAAGAUUAUGAAAUUCAAGUCCAAGGUAGUAGAAAAGAACUAUGCUUUUGAGAUACCUGAUGUUCCGGAGAAAUCUGAGUACUUGGAAGUUAGAUACUCGGCUGAAAUGCCACAGCUUCCUCAGGAUUUGAAAGGAGAAACUUUUUCUCAUGUAUUUGGGACCAACACAUCCAGCCUGGAACUGUUCUUAAUGAAUAGAAAGAUCAAAGGACCUUGUUGGCUUGAAGUGAAAAAUCCACAGCUCUUGAAUCAGCCAAUCAGUUGGUGUAAAGUUGAGGCAAUGGUCUUGAAACCGGACCUGGUGAACGUAAUUAAGGAUGUCGGUCCUCCUCCAGUUGUGGUCAUGUCUUUGAGCAUGAAGACAAUGCAGAAUGCAAAGACACAUGAAAAUGAGAUUAUUGCUGUGUCAGCGUUGGUCCAUCACAGCUUUGCAUUAGAUAAAGCACCCCCACAGCCUCCCUUUCAGUCACACUUCUGCGUUGUAUCUAAACCAAAGGACUGCAUUUUUCCAUAUGAUUUCAAAGAAAGCAUUAAGGAAAAGAAUGUGAAGGUUGAGGUUGCUGCCACGGAAAGAACACUGCUAGGUUUUGUCCUUGCAAAAGUUCACAAAAUUGAUCCUGAUAUCAUUGUGGGUCAUAAUAUUUAUGGUUUUGAACUGGAAGUGCUACUACAGAGAAUUAAUGUGUGCAAAGUUCCUUUCUGGUCCAAGAUAGGUCGGCUGAAGCGAUCCAACAUGCCAAAGCUUGGGGGCAGGAGUGGAUUUGGUGAAAGAAAUGCUACCUGUGGCCGAAUGAUCUGUGAUGUGGAAAUUUCGGCGAAGGAACUGAUUCGGUGUAAAAGCUACCAUUUAUCUGAACUUGUUCAACAGAUUUUAAAAACUGAAAGGAUUGUAAUCCCAAUUGAAAAUAUACGAAACAUGUACAGUGACUCUUCUCAUCUGUUGUACCUGUUGGAGCACACCUGGAAAGAUGCCAGGUUCAUUUUGCAGAUCAUGUGUGAGCUAAAUGUUCUUCCAUUAGCAUUGCAGAUCACUAACAUCGCUGGGAACAUUAUGUCUAGGACGCUGAUGGGUGGACGAUCCGAGCGUAAUGAGUUCUUGUUACUUCAUGCAUUUUAUGAAAACAACUAUAUUGUGCCUGACAAGCAGACUUUCAGAAAGCCUCAGCAAAAACUGGGAGAUGAAGAUGAAGAUAUUGAUGGAGAUACCAAUAAAUACAAAAAAGGACGUAAGAAAGCAGCUUAUUCUGGAGGCUUGGUCUUGGAUCCCAAAGUUGGUUUUUAUGAUAAGUUCAUUUUGCUUCUGGACUUCAACAGUUUGUAUCCUUCCAUCAUUCAGGAAUUCAACAUUUGUUUUACAACAGUGCAAAGAGUUGCUUCAGAGGCACAGAGAUUUGCAGAGGAUGGAGAACAAGAGCAGAUCCCCGAGCUGCCAGAUCCAAGCUUGGAAAUGGGCAUUUUGCCCAGAGAGAUCCGAAAACUGGUAGAGCGGAGAAGACACGUGAAACAGCUAAUGAAACAGCAAGAUUUAAAUCCAGACCUUUAUCUUCAGUAUGACAUUCGACAGAAGGCUUUGAAGCUCACGGCAAACAGUAUGUAUGGCUGCCUGGGAUUCUCCUACAGCAGAUUUUACGCCAAACCCCUGGCUGCUUUGGUGACAUACAAAGGAAGGGAGAUUUUGAUGCAUACAAAAGAGAUGGUUCAGAAGAUGAAUCUUGAAGUUAUUUAUGGAGAUACAGAUUCAAUUAUGAUCAACACCAAUAGCACCAAUCUGGAAGAAGUGUUUAAAUUGGGAAACAAGGUGAAAAGUGAAGUGAAUAAGUUGUACAAACUGCUUGAAAUAGACAUUGAUGGUAUUUUCAAGUCCCUGCUACUGCUGAAGAAAAAGAAGUACGCUGCUCUGAUUGUUGAGCCUACAUCAGAUGGGAAUUACGUCACAAAACAGGAGGUGAAAGGAUUAGAUAUAGUUAGAAGAGACUGGUGUGAUCUUGCUAAAGACACUGGAAACUUUGUCAUUGGCCAGAUUCUUUCAGAUCAAAGCCGGGACACUAUAGUGGAAAACAUUCAGAAGAGGUUAAUAGAAAUUGGAGAAAAUGUGCUAAACGGCACUGUCCCAGUGAGCCAGUUUGAAAUUAACAAGGCGUUGACCAAGGAUCCCCAGGAUUACCCUGAUAAAAAAAGCCUACCUCAUGUACAUGUUGCCCUCUGGAUAAAUUCUCAAGGAGGAAGAAAGGUGAAAGCUGGAGAUACUGUGUCCUAUGUCAUCUGUCAGGAUGGUUCAAACCUCACUGCAGGUCAGAGGGCCUAUGCACCCGAGCAGCUGCAGAAGCAGGACAAUUUAAGCAUUGACACCCAGUACUACCUGGCCCAGCAGAUCCACCCAGUCGUGGCUCGAAUAUGUGAGCCAAUAGACGGAAUUGAUGCUAUCCUCAUUGCAUCAUGGUUAGGACUUGACCCCACCCAAUUUAGAGUUCAUCAUUAUCAUAAAGACGAAGAGAAUGAUGCUUUACUUGGUGGCCCAGCACACCUCACGGAUGAAGAGAAAUACAAGGACUGUGAAAGGUUCAAAUGCCCAUGCCCUACAUGUGGAACUGAGAAUAUUUAUGAUAGUGUCUUCGAUGGUUCGGGAACUGAUAUGGAGCCCAGCUUGUAUCGUUGCAGUAACAUCAAUUGUAAGGCUUCGCCUCUGACCUUUAUGGUACAGCUGAGCAACAAAUUGAUCAUGGACAUCAGACGUUGCAUUAAAAAAUACUAUGAAGGCUGGUUGAUUUGUGAAGAGCCCACAUGUCGAAAUCGAACUCGGCACCUUCCCCUUCAGUUCUCCCGCAAUGGACCACUUUGCCAAGUCUGCAUGAAAGCUACACUUCGACUAGAGUAUUCUGACAAGUCCCUGUACACCCAGCUGUGCUUUUACCGCUACAUUUUUGAUGUGGAGUGUGCACUGGAGAAACUUACCGAUCAUGAGAAAGAUAAGUUGAAGAGGCAGUUUCUUACUCCCAAAGUUCUUCAGGACUAUAGAAAACUCAAGAACACAGCAGAGCAGUUCUUGUCCCAGAGUGGCUAUUCUGAAGUGAACCUCAGCAAACUCUUCGCCGACUGUGCUGUAUGGUCCUGAGGGCUUCCAGGCAGUGGACCUGCAGGGGCGGUGGACAGAAGACCCACAUCCUUGGCACCUGCAUCAUGGCCCCGGCCGCUUCUCCUGCAUCGCUUUUCCUGUGGAACUACGAUCAUGUUUGUGUGGCUGUGACUUGGGAGGGGGAUUAUCAAGGGGCAACUGCAAAGGUAUUGAAUCUACCAAACAUCAGGGAACAGCAGAAGUACCUUCCUCUGACAAUAUACCUUGUGCUGUUGAAACGCCACCAGGAGAACUGGCUGCUUCACACUGGCAUUCAGCACUGAAUUUCUAGGGGAGGGGGCGGGGAGGGAAGAGAAACGGAGAGUGGCUAGGAGGCAAGUGGCUUCUACCCAGGACCUUCAGCAGAGGCGCACCCAGAAAGAGGGGCUCACAGAGCCUGGUAGCAGGGCCAGCACUUCGCCUUUUCACAUGCCAGUUAAACCCAGUCUGAACCCAAGUGCUUCCCUGGCCACUGGCUCCAGGAGCAAUUGUCCUUCUCAGUCUUUAAGGGGGGAGAUUUAGAAGCUGUGCGCUUACUAAAUAAAUUAAACAGAGCUUACUUGUGUACUGAAUUUCUCCAGAGCCCAACCUGCACAUGCGCACUGGGCAGCUGUUUUACGCUCACCUGCCUUUUUUAUUUCCUCAAAUAGAAAAUCUAGGUAAAGGUUUAUACAAAGGGAAAGCACAUGUUAAAUAAUUUGAUAUCCUAUAACAUUUCGUUAAAAUGUGUAUAGGCCGGGGCAAGGACCUUUGUGUUAUAUUCAAAAAAAAUUAGGGGAGGGAUGGUUAAUCGGCCCUGGUGCUGUUUUUCUCAUUUCUUCAGAACGGUGCCUUUUUGCCAGAAACCAAACAUAUUUCAAUGUAGCCAUCUUUCCUUUCUUACGUUCUUGGUAAGAUUAAAAAACUAAAAAAACAUUUCCCCUUACACAGCUAUGCUGUAUUUUUAAAAAAAUAUCUACCUGUGGAAAAAAAAAUCUACAUAUUAGGUUUCAUAAAGGAAAUAUAUGCUGUGCUUUUUUUUUUUUCAAUUCAGAAUAAAGUUUUCUAAAGGGAAACCUGCUGCAGUGACUCUGUAUCAGGUGCAAAGAGUGGACUGGAGGGGGCAGCCAGGAGUAAGGGAUGACUGGAAACCAUCCCCUGCCCAACCUCAGCCUGCUUAUUAGGUCUGUGCUCAGAGAUGCUUGGCAUAAUGUAUGUCCCAGUGUUCUGAGUGGCAUUUCAAUAUACUUGGGUCCUUUGAGAGAUGAAGUAUGGCUUCUCAUGUGCUUUGCUGACUUGCAUAUUCAAAGAGAGCUAAGCCAAGAGUCCAGUACCGUCUCCUUUGGGAGAGCAAGAUGGCCUCUGAAAGAACCACCCCCACAAGAGAAAGGUCACCCAGCCUGGACCCUAGUGAAGGCAUACUUAUUAUAUAGUACAGAUGAUGCCACCUUAUACCUUGCUUUGCCUUCUCUUUUCUUUCCAUCACCCUCUCCUCCUUUCUCUUCUUACACUCAGAUUCUAAGUAGAAACACUUUGGGUUUAUGACCAUGUCAGUUAAUUAAUGCCUUGGUACCUCAAGCUCUACAACCUGUCAGAAGUUGCAGCACCCAGGCUGCUCUGGGAAACUAAGGAUUAGUGUGUUUUUUCCUUGCUGUUACCAUAUAGGAUUAUUAGAGAUGGUUCUCUAAUGUAUGCUUCCUGUGCCCACACCCCCACUUUGCUUUCUGAAGAGAAAGCAUGUUUUCCUUGAUUUCUGGGACCUGGGGUUAUUAUGGCAAAUACAAAACUUGCUUGUCAAAAAAUGCCAGGAGACAGAAACAGCUUCUCACUGGUCUGCUUUUUGUCUCUGCAUCUAGAUGUAAUCAUUGUGAGGGCAGGAACCAUUUGUGUAGAAAGUGCAUAGAAAGUCAGACAUUUCCUAGUACAGUUCCCCAAAAAAGCUAACACAAUGGUUGAUAUUUUCUUAUUCAGAUCAGUAACUCCAGGUUAGUUAAGAAGAUUUUCUGGGAGGCACCUAAGAAUUCCAGGAGGCAUUUGAAGAUUCCAGGAUUUUAUAGAAAGUUGCAACUUUAGGAUUGAGUGGAUCUCUCUGUUAGAAGAUUGGAACACGGCAUGGUCACUUUUCUCUGAGAAAGGUUUCUUCUUGAUUUGCACCAUCUGAUAACACAUGGGUAGGGUGGGUACCAAGAUGCCGCCCACUUUGAAAGGGGGAACUUCCCCAUGUGUCUUCACAAGUUCCCUGGCAUGGGUGUUAAGCUCAGGUGAUAAAAGUGAAACAGGCCGGGUUCCCUCUAGAGAGUGGCAGAAUUUCGUUAGCCCGAGUGGCCAUGUCCUGUCCAAAGGAGGCAGGAGCUACUCAGCAAUUCUGGGAGGGACAGAGCCCUGGGUGGCCAUGGGAUCACGUUUUCAAGAGCCAGGAAUCCAGAUAUGGCCAUAAAGUAUCUCAAUUUCUAAACUUUGGCAACUAAUUUUAAAAAAUAAAAGUCUAAAUGCUGUGGGCCGGACUAAACCUCUAGGAUAAAUUUUAUCCACUCCAGUUGGAAAUAGGGCCCUAAAGGAACCCAUCUGGAUUUUUUCUGUUUCCUGUUGAAUUUAGGGGCCACCAACAACAGGGAGCACAUUUAUUUCGGUCAUAACUUGCUAACUCUCAACUCUCCUUCGUGUAAAAGGGGAUGUGGAGACCGGAAGUCGAAAAUCCUACAAAAGCAUGCUCAGUUAAGAUUUUAAUUUGUCCAGGAAACAGAUGGAGUUCGUCUCGAGACUGUUGCCCAAGACAUGGGGGCGAGUCAAAGUUCACAGACUGGAGUUUGGCAGAGGCUGGUCAAAGGGGAUGAAUUCACUGCCCCUACCACCAGCCCUUUCUCCAGCCCAUACCUCCUCUUACCUCCAACACAUACAGAUGCACCUCAGCAUGCCUUUUCGAACAGAUUGAAAUUAGUUUGGCAGGUAAUGCAGAGAUAAGGAAGCUCCAAAAGCAGCUUUCUCUAUCUUGUCAGGGUUUUAUGAAAAACACUAAGCCCCAGAUCCUCUUCAGAAUUCACUGACCGUCAAUUCAGUUCUCCCAUCUCCCAUCCCAGACUUUAACCCGCCUUGCCUUCCCCUUUCUCUCUCUCUCUCUCUGCUCACCUAAAUAUUUCUUAAUUGAACGGUUUGCUGUGGAGCUUCCUUAUAGCAGUUUAAUAGAUGAACUCAUCUGAGCCAGCCUCAAAUUUCAGAUUAAAAUUCCUUCAUCCCGAAGGCAGCAUUAUCAGGUUGUUGGAGGCUGUUUUCAAACCUUGGUUUUGAAUAGCAGCGGCUCUGCAUUAAUUUAACCACUAAGCUAAUAAGUAGGUUUCGUUUUGUUAUGCUAAGCUUUAUUGCUUUUCUUUUGAUCAGAAUGGUGUUGUUGAGCAAAGCAGCAGACAAGGCAUUCUUUGAUGAGGGAAUUAGCGCUCCAUUCUUCCUCUAUUAUUCAUAGCACAGUGGAAUAUGUAAGUACCUGAGGGUGUCAAAGGAGCGCAGGUUCUAUUGCAAAGUGCUCGCCUUGUUUCUCUCAAUAGCUGACUAUGAGAUGAUAAACCGCUUAAUACACUGUGCUAAUUGGAUGAGAGCAAAAAGAGAUGGGAAUUAAGGCGAGGCAAAAGGAGAAAGUGCAACCAGCCUUCAAUUCACUCUUUCACCACUUUACCAGCACCAAAGGAGGCACAAGCUUUCUAUAAGCAGACUAGAGGUUUUGUGCAGAGAUAAAAUGAACGUGUUAGUGGAUUCAAGUAAUACACUAAUUAUUGCACAGUAUAAAUACCACUACUGGUUUUAUAACAGGGAGGUAAACUUCUUUUGAGAGGGUUAUAGGAUUGCUUGGCAGUGGUGUAGAACCUAAUAAGGGCCCAGAGUAAUAACCCCUUGGAUUAACAAAAUUGCUGCUUGUAGAAGUAUGAUUCAGGCUUUUACGAAGAUUUCCGGAGAAUGAAUAAAAAUGACUGAAUGACA